AUGCCCUUCAAGCAGGGGCGGCUUUUGAGACACUUUGAUGUUUCUCAGAUUCAACCUGCAUGUUCAGCUACGGACCUCGUCAGCGCCAUCCCGUUGGCAGCGAAUUUUACGGCCGUGGUUAUCAGUAGCCUGCAAGAUGUUGCAGUGAGACUUGGCCAAAACGGCGACUCGAGCCUUAUUCGCGACAUCGUGGCUACUGUUGGCCAGGAGGGAGAGCAACUAGGCGUUUAUCGCACGCUCUUCCAAGACCUCGUUCCGGCUGACCAGCCGUUCCUGACGCAGUCGACACGCGAGUUUGCCUACUUGGCACUUCAGCAAAACUUCAUCGUUCCCGGCACAUGUCCGAAUGACAACAUAAUUGAUGUUCCCAUUUUCGGCACGCUGAGUGUCCUGACGAAGAAUAUCCAAGCGGUGGAUCAAAACCUUACAUUCAGCAUACGGACGAAUUCAACGGAGGGUUUCAACUUGGUGUACAUCAACCAGCUGAAUCUGCCCAUCGUGCAGGCAAUCAGCAACGCUACUUCGAGCAACGGGAUGUUCACCUUUCAAGCCGACUUCCCUUUCACCAAGAACAACUUGAAUGGCCUUAUCAUCGUGGCGGUCACGAAUUCCAGUGCAGCGUUCAUCAACACCAAUGAUGUUGCAAACAAAACGCUCUUCGGGCCUGGCUUGAUCUACCCGAAUUAG